CCGUUUUCGCCAACAAAAAUGGUUCCGUUUUCGCCAAAGAAAAUGGUUCCGUUUUAGCCUGUACCCGAUAAAUUCGAGGUCCGUCACGGGACGUUAUUCGCAAAAACGCAUCGGGUUGUGAAUAAUACGUGUGUAAGACGCUCACGGACAUAUGGAAAGAGUACAAUAUAAGCUUAGUAGGCGACCGUUUUUUUUUUUUUUUUUUUUUUUGUUGUUGUUGCUUGUGACGAAUCACGGAUGAGCCCGAAAAUCGUACAUGUAGGCCUACAUAUGGAAAGCCAACCUAUUCCGGAGUAUACGUGGCACCUUCGCCCGAAUACAGUUCAUUAAUGGUGUUCGGAAAUUAUCGGAAAUGUUCGUAAAGUCACGUGAAAGUCCAAAAGUAAAGAUGGGGUGUUGUGAUGGUCAUGUGUGUGAUGUUAGGCUCUGGAAUAUUAUUGUUCUCGGCGUUUCGUUUAUGCUGAUCUUUACAGCGUUUCAGACAUGUUCCAUGGUUGAGAAAACAGUGCUGGACAGUGCCAAGAAUGAGAGAAAUUCCACAUUUAAUGGUGAUGGCUAUACUAGCCUUGGCAUCAUUUAUAUCGGGUUUUCAGUAUCCAACUGGAUUGCUCCAUCAUUUGUCAGCUUUGCAGGUCCCAAGAUUUCUAUGAUUGUUGGAGCGUUGAUGUAUUUCUUGUUUAUCCUGUCUUUCCUGCAUCCUAUGGAAUGGGCGUUAUAUCUGGGAUCGGUCCUCGUAGGAUUUGGAGCAGCAAUUCUGUGGACAGCACAAGGUACAACAUUGACUAUAAACUCGGACACAGAAACUAUCUCUAGAAACAGUGGUAUCUUUUGGGCUCUGUUACAGUGUAGCUUGUUGUUUGGAAACCUGUACAGCUACUUUGUGUUCAAGGGUAAGAACACUGUUACGCCACACGAGAGAACGGUGCUGUUUAUUGGUCUGACUGUGGCUGUGGGUCUGGGGAUAAUCUGUCUGCUGUUUCUGAGAAAGAAGAGGACCACAGAUGCAGAGAAUCUGAUCAACAUUACCUCCAGUGCAACCCACAGUACAGAUGGAGGCUCAUCACCAUUACAAGCUCUGAAACGGUCCUUUCAGCUGCUGAAGACUAAGGAGAUUCUGUGUCUGAGUAUCACGUUUGCUUACACAGGUCUGGCACUGACCUUCUUCAGUGGUGUGUAUGGGACGUGUAUUUCAAACAGUGAAGUUUUUGGCAGUGAUAGAAAAGGCUUGCUAGGGUUAGCUGGGAUAGCUAUUGGUGUGGGAGAAAUAUUUGGUGGUUCAGUGUUUGGUUUGUUUGGUAAAAGGACCAACACGUACGGCCGAGACCCCAUCAUAAUGUUGGGGUAUCUUGUACAUUUGGUCGCAUUUUAUCUCACAUUCAUGAACUUGCCAAGUGACUCGCCUAUUACUUCUUCAAAUUUACCAACAUACAUGGAGUCCAAGAAACAGAUUGCGCUGUUUUGUGGUUUCCUGUUGGGACUUGGAGACAGUUGCUUUAACACUCAGAUAUACUCACUACUUGGAUUCAUGUUUCCAGAAGACAGUUCUCCAGCGUUUGCUCUGUUCAAGUUUGUUCAGUCCCUGAUGGCAGCUGUGGCCUUCUACUACAGCCUUGUCCUGCACCUGGAGUGGCAGCUCCUGAUUCUUGUUGUCAUGGGAACGGGGGCCACCCUGUCAUUCAGUGCAAUCGAGUGGAGCAGUACGAAGACCUUCCGAGAAGGCUACCAGUCGAUAUUGUGACGUUCAGAGGAAGACGAGGUGGGGUGACCAGGGAGAAGAUAAUUCGUGGAUCAACUCGGGUCUAUAGGGAAUUGGCUUGUUAAACGUUUGCCAUUAUUUACAGACACAUGCAUAGGAAUUUAUGCAGGGGACGAGGAAAGUUUAUAGGGGGAUCAAAUCAAGCUCCCUAGGAAAUAUAUUGAAAAAGAACAUUUGAGUUGGGGGGGGGGGAGGAGGGUUCAACCCUCCCACUCCCCAAGCUGCACACAUGCCUUAUUUAAGUAGAAAUAUUUUUUGAGAGAUUACCGGUUUGUAAAAUCGUUUAGAACACUGGUCUUUACAAUGAAACAGAAUUGUAAGGGAAUUUCGUAUCUGAAGAUUGUACAAAGAUUUUGAUUAUUAACUGAAAUGUAAAUUUUUAAAGCUGCAAAUAAUGUUUACUCUUGCAAAAUUUAAAUACAACUACAGCUUUUAAUAAUGUCAAUUUCUUUUCAAGGGUAUUGUACAAAGAUAUCAAAAGUGAGACUGUCACAUCUUUGUAAUGGCCAACAGUGACCUAGAUUGGAAAUAGAAGCAAAUUUAAGUAUAAGUGACACAAUAAGAAAUCUAAACUGGAUGAUCAUGAUUGUUUUUAAUUGCUUAAAUACUAAAAAUAUACUGGAGAUUGCAGCUUUAAAAUUUGGCUUUCUUAAAGCAGUGUACCAGACGAUGAAUCAGAUGUGGAAAGUGUGGAACGUGAAUUCCUGGAGGAUCCAGUUGGUCAGACUGCUACAGAAUUGUUAGAGCCUUAAAGGGCAACACAAUUGUGACUAAUCACCUCCUGGAUGGAAGGAAAAUUCUGUGAUUUCGAGCUUAAAACAUUCUUAUGCAAUUUCCAUGUUUGUGUAAAGUCUCAUUUCUAAUUAUCAUAUUCAUGUUUACUCAGGUAGCUACCAUUGUAGUAUCCAUGACAAUGGAUUGUUAAACAUUCCAGCGGUCGACCUAUCAUCUAAAAAGUGUCUUUGUGUAAAUAUUGGUGUUAAAUUUAAUAUUAAAUAUAUUUUGGUGGACUGAAGGCA